ACACGGACAUGCGCACUGACAAAUAACAAAAUUUAAGCGCAAAAUUCAAUUUUUAAACAAAACUGGACUUUUUGAUUAUAUUGAAAUAUGUUAUCGACAAUACAGUAAAUAGACAUGUAUAUCAAGUCCAUGGUAAUCGACGGCUUCAAGUCGUACGCCCAAAGAACGGAAAUUUAUGGGUUUGAUCAACUGUUCAAUGCUAUCACCGGCCUGAACGGUAGCGGAAAAUCCAAUAUUUUAGACUCGAUUUGCUUUCUCCUUGGAAUCACAAAUUUGUCUCAUGUUCGUGCAACAAAUUUGCAAGAGCUUGUAUACAAAAAUGGACAAGCUGGAAUCACAAAAGCCACAGUGAGCAUUACGUUUGAUAAUCUGGACAAGAAACAGAGUCCACUUGGGUAUGAGCAAUAUGAUGAAAUCACCAUUACUAGACAGGUGGUUGUUGGAGGAAGAAACAAGUAUCUCAUUAAUGGAAGCAAUGCAAACAACACCAGAGUACAGGAUCUGUUCCGAUCUGUUCAGCUUAAUGUGAACAACCCUCACUUCCUGAUCAUGCAGGGCAGAAUCACCAAAGUCCUCAACAUGAAGCCGCCUGAGAUUUUGUCAAUGAUAGAAGAGGCAGCAGGGACCAGGUUGUAUGAAAGCAAAAAAGAGGCAGCUCAGAGAACUAUUGAAAAGAAAGAUGCAAAGCUGAAAGAAAUAGACACAGUCCUGAAAGAAGACAUAACACCAACAAUAACUAAACUGAAGGAAGAACGCUCUUCAUACCUAGAAUUCCAGAAAAUCAACCGAGAAUUGGAACAUCUCAAUAAACUGUAUAUUGCUUAUCAGUUCCUCUGUGCAGAGGAAAAGAAGAAGAGGUCAGCAGAAGAGCUGACACAGAUGCAGGAGAACAUGCAAAGACUUCAAGACAGAAUGGUUGAGAUUGAUGAAAAAGUCAAAGAGCUGGAUGGUGUAAUUGCUGAGUUAGAACGUAAGAGAGACGAAGAGUCUGGCAGCGUGAUGAAGAAACUUCAGGCAACACUGAAUGAUAAUAAGAAGCAGGAAGCCCUGGCACAGAGCGCAGUUGAUGACAAGAAAGAUGGUCUUAAAGCUGAGAAUAAACGGAAGAAAGAAUUGAUGAAGAAUUCAAAUGAUAAUACCUCAGCAAUCAAAGGUAGAGAAAAAGACCUUGAAAAACUUGCAAAGGAAUUAGAAGCUCUGCAGAAACAGAGUGAGGCAGACCAGGAUGCUCAUGUUGCAGCCCAAAAACACUAUCAGGCUGUCAGUGCUGGCUUGUCAAGUAACGACGAUGGACAGGCAGCUACACUCAAUGAGCAACUGAUUACUGCAAAAAGUGAAAUCAGCAAUGCAGAGACUGAGGCAAAACAAGCUGCAAUGAAGUUAAAACAUGCCCAGCAAGAGUUGAAGAAGAAAGAAUCAGAUUUGAAGAAGACAGAACAAGGCUACAGAAAGGAUAAACAAGCAUAUGAUAAUGUUGUUCAAAACUUGAAGAAACUAGAGGAUGAACUGAAGAAGUUGAAUUAUGAGGAAGGUAAAGAUGAAAUGUUAGAAACUCAGAGACGGACAUUAUCUCAGGAAGUGAACCACUUACAGGAUAAAAUGGAAACUCUUGAAGCUAGAUUUCCACACCUUCAUUUUGACUACCGAAACCCGGAGAAGAAUUUUGACCGUAGUAAAGUGUCUGGUUUAGUGUGUAAACUAAUCAAAGUAAAAGAUGUGAAGACGGCCACUGCUCUUGAAGUUGCUGCAGGGGGAAAAUUGUAUAAUGUAGUAGUGGAUACAGAGCAGACUGGCAAACAGCUGUUACAGAAAGGAGAACUUCGAAGAAGAUAUACCAUUAUACCUCUGAACAAAAUAUCCGCUAGAUCUAUACCUAAUGAUGUUGUGAAGAGAGCUGAAGGGCUGGUUGGAAAAGAUAAUGUACAUACAGCACUUUCCUUGAUUGGUUUUGACCGUAACCUCCAGGCCGCUAUGGAGUUUGUGUUUGGUUCAACAUUUGUUUGUACAGACAUGAACAAUGCCAAGAAAGUGACAUUUGAUGAUCGUGUACAGAAAAGAUCAGUGACACUGGGAGGUGACUCAUUUGAUCCUGCUGGAACAUUGACUGGAGGUGCUAGAGCACAGACAAGCUCAAUUUUGGAGAAACUUCAGGAGUUCACAGAAGUUGAAAAGCAGCUGAGAGACAAACAGGACAAGCUGGCUAAAGUUGAACAAGAACUUCACGGCAUAAGAGGUGUUGCUCAAAGGUACACAAAGUUGAAGCAGGAGUAUGAUCUGAAACAGCAGGAAGUGGAGCACCUGAAGGAGAGACUAGAACAGGGAUCACAUCAUCAACAGCUUGAAGAAAUCAACACUCUCAAGGAAAAUAUUGUUGAGUAUGAAGAAACGGCAAAAAGAACGGAAGAAAUUAAGAAGAAAAACUCAACUAAAGUGAAAGAUCUUGAGAACAAGAUAAAGAAUGCCAAACAGUUACGAGAGAAAGAACUGAAAGAUGCUGAACAAGCGGUCACAAAAGCAAAGAAAAAGACAGAGGAGUCAAGCAAAAUAAUGAAACAAAAAUCACAGGAGGUAGACAGCAUAAAGCUUGAGGUUGAGGAAUUGAAAAAGGAAAUCACCUCAUAUGAUGAACAGCUGAAGACAGUUGAGGAAACUAUCAAACAGUACCAGGCACAGCUUGAGGAACUAGAUGAAAAAGCUGCUGAGGCCAAGGAUGUUGUAAAAGCGGCCCAGGAAGAGGUGAACAAACAGAAAGCUUUGCUGAAAGCAUGUGAUAAAGAUAUUGGUGCUAAAGUUGCAGAACAGAAAACCUUACAGAAGGAGCAUCAUACUGCCGAGAUCAAGAUUAAAGAACUGGAUAACAAAAUUGUCAAGUUUCAGAAAGAUUCCAAAGAUGCUGCAAAAAUGGUUGAGAACAUGCUACAAACAUAUGACUGGAUUGUAGACGAAAAGAAAUACUUCAACCAGCCAAACACAGCAUACGAUUUUAAAGUAAAUGAUCCAAAAGAAAGUGAAAGACGGAUCCAGAAACUUACAGAGACGAAGGAGAAACUUGCUAAGAGUGUCAACAUGAGGGCCAUGAACAUGCUGGGAAAAGCCGAGGAACAGUACCAAGAUCUGAUGAAGAAACGUAAGAUUGUACUGAAUGACAAGGCCAAGAUCUCUGCGGUUAUUGCUGAACUGGAUCAGAAGAAGAAUGAGGCACUGAAGAAAGCCUGGGAACAAGUCAAUAAGGAUUUUGGCAGUAUAUAUUCGACCCUGCUGCCUGGUGCUCGAGCCAAGCUUGCCCCUCCAGAGGGUCAGACCGUCCUGGAUGGACUGGAGGUGAAAGUAGGCUUUGGUGAUGUGUGGAAAGAUUCUUUGUCAGAAUUAUCAGGAGGACAAAGAUCUCUUAUUGCAUUGUCACUCAUCUUGGCUAUGUUGCUGUUUAAACCAGCCCCUAUUUAUAUUCUGGAUGAAGUGGAUGCUGCCUUAGAUAUCUCACAUACACAAAAUAUAGGACAGAUGAUCAAAUCUCACUUCAAACAUUCACAGUUUAUUGUAGUAUCCCUCAAGGAUGGUAUGUUCAACAAUGCAAAUGUUCUCUUCAAAACCAAAUUUGUGGACGGUGUUUCAACAGUCACAAGAUAUGUACAACAUGCAAACAAGGCUAAUGAUGGCAAGGAAAACAACCAAGCAGCCAAUGCUAAAAAGAAGCAAGCUGGAGCGAACAAGAGAGCAAGAUUAGAGGAAGUUGCCUAGUGACAAUUGCACAUACAGUCUAUGUAUUCUGAUGGUUACAUGAACUUUAAUGAUAUUUUCAGGUUUAUUUAUUCAGUAUGAUGGGGACCAAUGAAGGCAAUUUAUAUAAGGAUAACAUUAUGAACUUUGAAACUGCUGUUUAUAAAUCAUUAUUUGUUCAUGCAGGUAUUUUAUUAGUAUUUUUAUUAGAAAAACAACGAAAUAGAUGCUAUUUAUGUCUUUUAGUGUAAGAUCGUAAUAUAUUGCUCUGAAUGAACACGAUUUGCAAUAAUUUCAGGAAUUGGCACAGAUAGUGAAAAUGUAAAAUAUGGUGUUAACGAGUGAAAUAUAUUUCAGUUUUGCACGUAAAGUAAACAGUUUCUUUUUAUAUCAUGUAUUCAUUGGAUUAAACUUAAUUGUUCCCAUUUUUUCCCGCAGAUUAUCUAAUGCAUUGUGUCAUGGCAUCACACUUUUUAUAAAGAAACAGAUAUGAAAGGGUUCUGUGAGAAUUCUAGAUUUCAUUUUCAUUGCAUAAAUGUUUGUCUGUGUAGGUACUUACAUAACAUCUAUAACUUCACCGAAGUACUACUGGUUGACAGUGGGGGAAGAUAACCAGCUAAUAUCUGCCAUUAUUUAUAAUUCAUAUUUUGCAUUCAGAUGUAGUAAAAGUAAUAGUUUUAUUUCACUGAUACCUUUCUAGUAUCUCCCUGUAAAAUAAAUGAUGUUCAGUCUGUCCUGGUUUGUUGUAUGGUUAUGUAUUGAAGUGAGGCUGUCUUCCCAAAAUACAUGUUUACUGUGAAAUCAUUUAUAUUCAUGGGGGACUGAUUUUCGUGGAUUUCGUGGUUGACUCAAUCCACGAAAUUUAAUCCCAACGAACAAGUAAAAUUCCCUUUCAUUUUAUAUUCAAAAGUUGAAAUCCACGAAUUCAUAUCCCCACGAAAUUGCCGUUAUGACCAAAACCACGAAAUUUCAUGCCCACGAAAUUUAAUGAUUUUACAGUAUUGUAUUAUUCAGUGCUCAUGAAAUUGAUGUAUUCAGUAGGGAUCUGUGUUACAUAUACAUAAAGUGUGCCACCUAAUGUGUUCAGAAACUGGUAAAACCUCUGUCUUAUGCAAUUUCAUAUUAUUUUUGUAUGUGUCACCUCUGUAUUAUAUUCUCUGUUCUUUCUAUAUCUGGCUACCUUUCACCAGCUGAUAUUUCAUCACUUCUAUAACAUGGAAUGAUUUUUAGAAUGAAUGACAGUGCAAUAAGAAUGUCAUGUAUUAUAUUUAGAGUAAAUGGUGUCUAAAAGUAAAUCUCAAAAUCUC